AUGGAAGGGAUUCCUACCAGCUCGGAGGUAGCCGACAUCGACGCUCCCUCAACCAUGCAAGGGAUUCCUACCAUAGAAAGGCCUGUUCCAUGUAAUUUGAUUCUUGAUGUUAGAGUAAGGUCGCAUUUCAGUUUGCCAGAUGAGGGGCCAAAGACCUAUUUCACAACUAAAGUGGUAGAGCCACCUAUUUCAAAAUCUAAGCAUACCAAAAGAGCCACAAGGAAAAGGGCCAGUGAUGAGACAGUCGGAGUUGAUGAGGAGGGCUCUUAUUCCGAAACUGAAUCAUUGGUGGCACUUAGUGAUAGUAGCUAUGACACUGACUUGGCCGCAUCAUCUGAUUCUGAUUGCUAUGAUUCUGAAUGCUCUGACUCCGAUAACAGCUAUGAACCUGAUGAUGAAAUUAUUGAUGAUGAUGAUGAUUGUGAUGAUAUUCAUGAUUUUUCAUAUGAUGUUGAUGAUCCAUGCAUUGAUGUAGAUGUGCUGUUUCACAAUGUUGAUGAGUGCAAAUCAGCAGUAACCCACCAUGCAAUCUUGAAUGAUUAUGCUUUCCAAACUGUUAAAAAAAGCAAGGAUAGGUUUAGGGCAAAGUGUAGGCGAGCAGAGGAGGGUUGCAAGUGGACGUUUUUUGCAUCCACCAGCAAGUCCAAAUAUGAUGGUUGCAAGUCCAUUGAUUGUUUGCUGCAGGUUAAGCUUAAUGGGCCAGACCACACUUGUUUUUCAGUCAAUAAGUGUGGUGAUACAAUGGCUUCUAAGGGAUGGAUAGCUGAUAGGGUGGUGGACUGGUUAAAGGAGAAACCCACAUUGGGACCAAAAGAGUUGCAAGAGAAGAUCAAUAAGAAGUAUAAGAUGGAUGUCCCAUAUUUCAGGGUUUUUAGGGCCAAGGAGAAGGCUAUGGACAUGAUAUAUGGGAAGUGGGAUGAGAGCUAUGAUCUAUUGCCUACUUACAAAGAGGCACUUCUGAAGGCAAUCCCUGGUAGUGUUGUUGAGUUGGACACUGAAGAGCAUAAUGGGGAUGUUUGUUUCAGGAGAUUCUUUGUAGCUCUUAAACCAUGCAUUGAUGGUUUCCUGCAAGGAUGUCGUCCUUAUAUUGCAAUGGAUUCAACUCACUUGACAGGAAGGUCAAGAGGUCAGUUGGCAGCUGCUGUUGCAAUCGAUGGCCACAAUUGGCUAUUUCCAGUGGCCUAUGGGGUGAUUGAAACCGAGUCUAAGGAGAGUUGGACAUGGUUUAUUCAGAACUUGAAGCAAGCCAUAGGUACUCCUAUAGGAUUGGUCAUCAGCACCGAUGCAGGCAAAGGGAUAGAGGGAGCUGUAGAUGAUGUCUAUCCAGGAGUGGAACACCGAGAGUGCAUGAGGCACUUGUGGAAGAACAUGAAGAAGAAGUAUCAUGGCACAUUGUUUUCUCAGAACAUGUGGGGAGCUGCCAAGAGCUGCACACUUCAGAGGUAUGAAUACCAUAUGGACAAGAUAAAGGAGAAGUGUCCUGAUGCAAUACAAUGGUUGGAUGAGAAUCAUCCAUAUGUUUGGAGUAGGAGCAAAUUUUCUGAUCUGUGUAAGGUAGACUACAUCAAUAAUAAUCUUUCUGAAUCAUUCAACAGUUGGGUGUCAAAAACUAAGGACUUGCAGAUUGUGGAUAUGCGUGAGAAAAUAAGACAUAUGAUUGUUGCAAAGUUUGACUUGAGAGCCAAGAUUGCUAGAAAUAUGGAGGGCAAGAUAAUCCCAGCCAUUACCAAAGAUCUUAAUGCUCAGAGCAAUGCUAUCAGGGACCAUGAAGUUAUUAGAUGUGGAGAUGGCACCGCUGAGGUAACUGUAUCCACCAUUACACAUGCAGUAAACUUGAAUGAGAGAACUUGUAGUUGUAGGGCUUGGCAAAUAAGUGGAAAGCCAUGUAGCCAUGCUUUAGCUUUCAUUGCAAAGCUUAGCAGACAAGUACAUAUGGGUGAUUUUGUGGAUGAAUGCUUCUCCGUUGAGAGGUUCAGGAAAGCAUAUGCAGGGUUAUUCAACCCUAUGACAUCCAAGCAUCUGUGGCCAUUGGUUGAUGUAGGCUACAAAAUCAAGAAGCCUAAAUUGAGGAGGAAACCAGGAAGACCAAGGCUAAGUAUUGCCAAGGAGGCCUUACAGCUAGUCAAAAGAGGAAAAAAGCCACUCAAGAGAGUAGCAGUGAUGCACAUGCAUCUAAUGCAAGCGCAGGUGGAUGUGAAGGGGAAGGGGAUGGGGAAGGUACCAUGA